CGAGCCAAAUGUGUGAAACGCAGUCGUGAAAAUUCGUGAAAAUCUCUAUAAAAUGUCGUUCAAAUAAGGAAAAUUGCGUGUCAAAGUGCAAGUUAAAGGUCCCGCCAAGUGAAUUACGGAAAUAUUUAUCGGAAAAACGCGGGAUUUUACCACAAAAACGCCAGUAACGAAGCAGGAAAAAGCCGAAAAAUCCUCUAUAAAUGCGCUUUGUGGACGCAUACACAAGAGUUAAAUAAUAUAUAGUAUAGCAAAGCAAGCAAGCAAAAAAAAAAUUAUUGAAGAGAAAAAGUUGUGUAAAAAAAUCAAUGAUAUUUGUAUAUAUUUUGUACAAAAUGGAAUAAAAUCGUGUAAAUUACUUCGUUAAGCGUCAUUUGGAUGGAUACUUCGCACCAUUUGCCAGGAAUUUAUUGAUGAAAAAAGAAAAAUUAUAAGAAAUGUGAAAAGUCGUGUCCUGGAAAAAAAAUUGAAAAACAAUUAAAAUAAAGACAAGAAAAGAAAAUUUGAUAAUUUUUAGACGAGGAGUCAAGUUUAUUUUCAUUAUUUACGUACGUGAAAACUGGAGUAGUCUCCUCGCUCCCGUUGACUAUGGCCCUUUCAUCAAAAGCCAAGAAAGAUGGUAAAAAGGGCCAAAAGAAGAACGACAAGAACCAACAGCAGCAGCAACAGCAACAGGUACAAAAUGGCACGGAUUCGUCGUCGCAGCAAUCUGCCUCGAGUCAGCCAGAAUACCCGGGCGGUCCGCCACAACCCCAGCCUCCCAUGGAACACAAAGACGUAAAAUCGCCAAAUGGUGGCGCCGGAGCACAAAUGCCUCCGCAACAGCAGCAUCCGCCAAUGCCACCGCAUCCCGGCAUGAUGGAAGGUCAACACAUGCCGCCCAUGCAUGGCGCCGAAUACGGAAUGCCGCCACAAGGAAUGCCCCCCAUGGGACCUGAGCACCAUCAACACAUGCCGCCACAAGGUCCGCCGCCGCCACAGAACAAAGACGAUCCGAAUGCCCAAAUGCCACCCGGGCAACAUUGGCCACCCAUGCAUCAACAAUAUCCUCCGGCACGUUACCAUCACGAUCCAAAUCAGAUGCCGCCGGAUCCGUAUGGGCACUACAGACAAAUGCCGGGCGGGAAACCAGGUGCUUCGAUGAUUCCGCCAAAUAGGCCGCCACAGCGUUACAUGCCGGGACAAGGUCCGCCACCGCCUCCGCAACAAGGCAAUCCUCCGCCGCCAUCGCAAGGCGCUCCCCCAAAUGCGCAGGGACAAGCGCCACAGGCACCGGGACAGCAACAGGGACCCACGCCGACCCUCAAUUCGCUGCUACAAUCGCAAGGCAAUCCGCAACAACAGCCACAGCCGCCGCAUCAACGUUACCCGAAUAGCUACGAUCCGAAUCAGCAACAACCUCCCCCGCAGGGAUACGGACAACAAAACUGGGGUCCGCAACCGCCCAGACCUUAUAGCCCGCAAAUGAAUCCGCAACAAUCAUAUCGACCGCCACCGGGCACACCACCACGCGGUCAAAGUCCUUAUCCGCCUCCGCCGGGUCAGCAGCCGUAUCCCGGUCCGCCAGGACCCAAUCAGCAGCAAUCUCAGCAACCGGGUGGACCACCGCCGAUGCCACCGACGUCGCAAGGCCCAAAUCCCCCGUCACAAUAUUCAUAUCCACAACGAUAUCCGACGCCACCUAAUCCGCAGCAAGGGAUUCGAGGCCCCUAUCCACCACAUCAGUAUCCUGAACCGAAUCGGACGUGGCCCUCGCCAGCUGCAAGUCCCGGCCCAAUUGGGCAUCCGCCACAGUCUCCGCAUGGAGCGCCGUGUCCAUCACCGCAACCAGCUCAAUCUCCGCACCAGUAUCCACAAAGACCCAGUCAAUCGUCGACUCCAGUACAAAGUGAUGGUGAAACAAAUAUGGGGGAACAAGGUGGGCAGAAUAGCAAUGAUAGCUCGAGCGGUGGCGCGGGAAAUUCAUCGGCACCAAAUUCGCAGCAGGGCAUGAGACCGACACCAUCACCAACUGGUUCAUCGGGUUCUAGAUCUAUGUCGCCGGCUGUAGGCCAGCAAAAUAUUCAGAUGCCUCCUCGUCCCUCUAGUAGUCAUUCCCAGGUCCCAAAUCAAGUUGCAACAAAUAGUAAUAGCAGUAGUAGUAAUUUAGGAAAUCAACAGCAGCAGCAACAACAACAAACGCAACCGCCACUCGAUACGUCUCUCGGUUCGCCAGGCAGACCCCCAUCGGCAAGUAGUCAAAAUCAGCAGCAGCAGCAACAACAACAACAAGUUCCUCCCCAAUCGGCUCCCGGAAGCAUACCGCCGCCAAAUAUGGCAGCUGCACAAGGAAGUUAUCAGCAACAGCCUCCGCCGCCGCCCCACAUGCAUGGCGGAUACAAGGGAGGCCCGCAAGGCAUGUCACCCUAUCCCGCAUCACAACAGUAUUCACCACAGCCGAAUUAUUCGCCGCGCGGUCCCUAUCCCGGGCAAUAUGGGCAACCGCCUCCGCCAAAUAGCAUGGCGCCAGGGCAAUAUCCCGGACAUCGAAUGCCAAAUCAUGUGGCGCCACAUCAACAGUAUGCUCCUUACAACCAAAAUUGGGGUCCUCCGCCGCCACAGGGCAUGAUGCAAAAUCAUGUUCCCGGUAAAGGAGCUCCGCCAAAUUCCCCGCAAGGAUCUCCGCGUCCCAUCAACUACUUGAAACAGCACUUGCAAGUGAAAGGCGGCUACCAACAGCCCGGUCAAGGACCUCCGCCAGCGCAAGGUUACGGCAAUGGACCCGGAAUGCAUCCGCCAAUGGGACCGCCGCACCACAUGGCUCCCCCAAUGACGAAUAUGGGACCGCCCCAAAGUACUACGGGAAGCAUGCCACCACAAAAUAUGCCGCCAAAUAGUCAUCCUGAUGCGUCUCCAAUGCCCCCACAUAUGGAUCCCGCACAACAACAACAAAUACAAUCACAAGACAAUGGAAUUCCGCCGCCUCCAUCGCAAUUACCGCAUCCAGUUACCUCGAUUGUAACGACGGGACCGGAUGGCGCGCCACUCGACGAGGCGAGUCAACAAAGUACGAUAUCGAAUGCAUCGGCAGCAUCCGCCGACGAUCCAAGUCAGUGUUCGACACCAAAAUCAUCGAGAAAAUCAAGCUUAGAUCCACAAUACAAUCAAAAUCACUUACCACCACCACAGCCAAAUGCGUCGCCGAGUUCGCAUCCGCCGCCAGGCAGUGGUGAAGAUUACGAAAUGGGCGCGUCGCCUCAACAAUGGCAAGGAAGAACGCCUGCUAGUCCGGGUUUCAAUACUCAUGCCGCCCCACUUGAAACCUACAAAUCGCCCAAGCCCAAUACAAAGGUAAGUAGGAAGAAAUCUGAUAGCAUAGCUAAAUUAUACGAGAUGGAUGAUAAUCCGGAGAGAAAAAUCUGGUUAGACAAAUUAAUGAGCUACAUGGAAGACCGAAGAACGCCAAUUACCGCUUGUCCGACGAUUUCGAAGCAAGCACUCGAUUUGUACAGACUGUAUUUGUACGUGAAGGAACGCGGAGGGUUUGUUGAGGUCUGUAAGGUCUCCAAGAGUAAAACAUGGAAAGACGUUGCCGGACUACUUGGCAUCGGUGCAAGCAGUAGUGCCGCAUACACACUGAGGAAACAUUACACAAAAAGUAUUUUACCAUUUGAAUGCCAAUUUGACAGAGGUGGCAUCGAUCCGGGACCGAUUGCGCAAUCCAUUGAAGCGGGAUCGAAGAAAAAGGCAGCCGCUAAAGCUGCGUCGAUUCCAUCGCCAGGCUCAUCAAACUCACAAGAUUCCUUCCCACCACCGGGCUCAAGUGGUGGCUCAAUGGAUGGCUAUGGAACGCCAUAUCCGGGACAAACUGCUCCCGCUGGAUAUCCGCCAGGCGGUCCUCCUGGACCGGAUUAUAAUCAACCGCCUAUGCAACGACCCCCAUCACAAACGACACCACAAUCGGCACAUCCAGGUCCAGGUCCCACGCCGACUUCUGGCGAUAAUAUAAGUGCAAGUAAUCCAUUCGAUGAUCCUGUUGGACCACAGCGUACCCCAUAUCAGCCACACCAACAAGGCUCUCAUCCAUCAUAUCCCCCUCAUUCACGACCUCAAGGUGCUUCUUAUCCGCAACCGCCGCAACAAGGCUCGUAUAAUCAGUAUCCCGAACAAGGGUAUCCACCAACAGGUCCAGCUGGGCAAUAUCCGCCGCAACAAGGUCAAUUUCCCCCACAAAAUCGUCAAAUGUAUCCGCCUUAUGGGCCGCCGCCACCAUCCACGGGACCCGAAGGAGAAAACAGUCAUACGUCACAAACGCCCCCAACUACAGGCGCUCCAACGCCAGCGAACGAUCCGUAUCGUGGUUAUCCACAAACAGGCCCGCAAGGUCCGUAUCCCCCGAACAGUGGUCCACGACCUUAUCCGCAGCAACAAACACAACCUCCACCUCCGCAACAGUCACAGCAACAAACUCAACCGCCGUCUGCGCCAAGUACUGUUCCGCCAACGGGACCUUCUCAAGCGCCAACGAAUGCUCCGCAAGGUCCUGCUCAAGGUCCUCCUCCGGGUGCUUAUCCGCCGGGACCGCCAUCACAGGAUUAUUACAGGCCACCAGAGCAGUCGGCACCUCGGAGACAUCCAGAUUUCGAAAAACAACCGUAUCCUGGAUAUGGAGGUCCACAACGUCCCCAAAUGUAUGGUGGUUGGCAAAACAAUCAAGGACAAUAUCGGGGUCCUCCAGGAUCGUAUGGACCACAAUCAGGUCCCCCGGGAUGGAAUUCUAACGUGCAACGACCUCCACAAGGACCUCCGGGAAUGCCCCAAGGUCCAGGACCAAAUGCUCCGCCACAAUGGGCUGAUCAAAGUAGAUAUCCACCCAAUCAACAGCCGCCUUAUCCGCAUCAACAGAAUCCUCCUCAAUGGGGUCCUCAAGCCGGCAAUGUUCAGUCGUCGCCGUUGCGAGCACCUCCACGCGGUGGAAAACCUUUCCCCAUGCCUCCGCCGCAAGGUGCUAAGCCAAUGCAACCGUUCCCCGGACCGCCAGGCAUGCAGCAAAAACGUGAUAUCGCCUUUCCGCCAGACAGCGUAGAAGCCACCACUCCAGUAUUGUAUCGUCGCAAGCGAAUUUGUCGCAUGGACAUUGGCGCGACGGAUCCCUGGCGAUUAUUCAUGGCACUACGUUCGGGACUGCUCAGCGAAACGACGUGGGCUCUCGAUGUUUUGAAUAUUUUGCUGUUUGACGACUCGACAGUGGCGUACUUUGGUUUAGCGCAUUUGCCUGGCUUGCUAAACUUGUUGCUGGAUCACUUCCAGAAGAGUUUGAUCGAUGUCUUUGACAAAAAUGGCCGAAAAACGGACUAUGUCGCCAUUGAAUCCGUGAAAGAUCUUGACAAAGAGGAAGAACGGAAGAAAUUAGCUGCCGAAUUGGGAGCUGUAACUGAGCUGCCACGCCCCGAAGAUCGAGUGCAAGUGUUAACGAGCUCAACAAACUACACGAUGAGCAGUCGCAAAGGUCUCCCCGUGAAAAUUAGCGAAGUGAGUGAAGAGGAUAUCUUCAUCUUGGACACGCUGAAAUCGUGGGACAAGGCGAGCGACAGUAAAUACCAGUCGGCAAGCGCCAUUGGCUGUGAUGCAUGGACCGCAGGCCACACCGAACCUGAUCCAUACGAUUAUAUCAUGGACACGUUCCAUGCCGAAUUUGUAAACAUUCCAUUUGCCAAGUAUCUUAAGAGUAACAAAAAACCAAAAGUGGAAAAUGCGGACGAUCCGGAGCCCGUAAAGCCGACGCCCGAGCGUAAAACCUCCAAAGCAAAGGCAUUUUUGGCCUCCAGUGAGCCCGAAAAUCCAAAUGACAUCGUCAAGAACACCAUUAGCAAGAUGAACAAGGAAAACAAUCGUUUUAACAACGUCAAUAUCGGUACGGAUCGCAAGGAAAACGGACCCGCGGCUCCCAUUAAACGCGAAUCUAGCGAUGCAGAUUGCCGCGAAAUCGACAUGGAGCUCGAAAAGAUCCCGAAUGGCCCGUCGCCCACGAAUGUCGGCAAGGAACGCGACGAAAAAACGGCAGAUCUCGUGCCGAAGGAAGAGAAAAUGGAGACUGAUGAAUUAUUCGCGAAAGAACCGUCCGAAAAGGGGUUCGAUUUGUUGGAGACUGCGCGCGAUCCGUCACGCAUCCUGAAACGUCGACGAAUCAGCGACUACGAGGAUGAAUGUUACACGCGUGACGAGGCCAGUUUGUACUUGAUCACCGAAUCGCAAGAUACGCUAGCGAGACGAUGCGUCGGAAUUAGCAACAUUUUGCGGAAUUUGACUUUCGUGCCAGGAAACGAAAUCGAAUUUGCGAGAUCAGAGACAUUCCUGUCGAUCCUGGGCAAACUUUUGCUCUUGCAUCACGAUCAUUUGGUGCGCGCGAAGAAAACUCGCAACUACGAUCGCGAAGAAGAUGCUGACUUUACGGAUUCUUGUAGUUCGUUGCAAGGCGAGAACGAGUGGUGGUGGGAUUAUCUCAUUCAGAUACGGGAAAAUAUGCUUGUUGCUGCUGCCAAUAUUGCGGGUCACAUGGAAUUAUCGAGUUUCGAUGAGGUAAUUUCACGUCCCGUCUUGGAUGGGUUGCUUCAUUGGGCAGUUUGUCCCGCAGCGCAUGGUCAAGACCCGUUCCCGACAUGCGGACCACAUUCGUCGCUUUCGCCUCAACGAUUGGCACUCGAAGCUCUCUGCAAAUUAUGUGUGACAGAUGCGAAUGUCGAUUUAGUGAUUGCGACACCUCCGUUCUCGCGACUCGAGAAACUUUGUGCGGUGCUGACACGACAUUUGUGCAAAAACGAGGAUCAAGUGCUGCGCGAAUUCUCGGUGAAUCUCUUGCAUUACCUGGCGGCAGCUGACAGCACGAUGGCACGCACCGUAGCGAUGCAAAGUCCUUGUGUCUCGUAUCUCGUGGCGUUCAUUGAGCAAGCGGAACAAACAGCUCUCGGUGUUGCCAACCAGCAUGGCAUCAAUUUCCUCCGUGAAAACCCCGAUUCGAUGGGUACGAGUCUCGAUAUGUUACGACGUGCUGCUGGUACGUUAUUGCAUCUCGCCCGUCACCCGGAUAACCGACCGCUCUUCAUGCAACAAGAACAACGACUUCUCGGCUUGGUGAUGUCGCACAUUUUGGACCAGCAAGUCGCUCUCAUCAUCAGUCGCGUGCUCUUCCAAUGCUCUCGCGGUCCCGGUCCAUUGACAACUGCCGAGCUAAUUGCAUCCCAGAAGCCACCAACAAAGAUGAGCACCGAAACAUCGACGACAGCAAGUGCGAUUCUCGGCACCACCAACAUCCCCGGAGUCACAGACGCAAAAUCGCCCUCCGCUAAUUGCGUGGAAGGCGGCGCCUCAGUUCCUAUCUCACAACUUGUCAGCAGUGCAAAUACCACGACACUCAUGGGGGCAGCAACGGCAACAGAAACGUCUCCACUGUCUGCCAGCGACAUGAAGAGUCCCGAACCAGCGGGAGCUCUCACAAACAUGACAACGCCCGCUGAAAGCAAAAUUCUGGAAACGGCGGAAAAGACGACGGAACUCACGUCAGCGGCAACAACGACGCCCGCCACGACGACGACGACGGAGAGCGAAAAGCCCGAAACGAAAGCAACGGACAAAAAACAACCGGAAAACAACGACGAAACCACAAAUCCCUCAAAUAAAGAUGUCUCGUCAACGCCCGUGAAUAAUCCAUCGGAGAAGGCAUCCAUCGACACCGCAGCGGCAGCAAAUGCGCAACCGGCAAACAGUGUGACAACUGGCGUGACACCUCAAUUACAACAAACGGUAGCAGCCGGCUCGUCGUAGUGGAAAAAAUGAUUGAUGAGCAAAUUUCUAGAGUAAAUUGUUUUUAUUUUAAGGAUUUUUUUAGUGGAAGAAAGGUAUUUAUUAAGAAAUGAUUUUAUUUUAACAACAAAAAGUAAUGAAAUGAAAGAAAUUGUAUAUAGAAACAUUAGAAUUAGGAAAAAAAAUGUUAAAAAUUUUAAAACAGAAAGAAAACCUUGAACGAUAAUUGAUUACUGUUAUGAUUUUACUUCCUUUUUUAAUUAAUUCUAAGCAUGAAGAGAUCUGAAUUUUUUUAAAAAAAUCUUUUUUGUUACAAAAUUCCGUUUUUAAUUCAUUUUUUAUUUGAUUUUUCAUGUAAAUGUAUUUUUUUUAAAUACAUUUUUAAAACAACAAAAAAUAAGGAGAUACAAAAAGAGCACUGAAACAAUGUUAAAAUAAAAGUGCGACUAAAAGCAGGGAUUUUUCUUAAUAAUCUAUUUAAUUAUUAUUCCUUAAAAAAACUAUAAACAAAAAUUAAACUAAAUUAAUAUUUAGCUCUAAAUUAUUAACUUAAAAAAAACUACGACUCUAUGUACUAAUCUUUAGGCAAGACAUAUUUGAUGUAAAAUUAUAAUAAAAAAAAAAAUAGAAAUUUUUGACAAUUUUGACAAAAAAAAAAUCUAACAGUUAUGAGUUUUUAAUUAAAAUUGAAUUGAGUGUGUUUUUUCUCCAUCAUAACUGAAAUUUUUCUUCGGAAUGAAACGAAAGGCACUAACGACGACGUGUAAAUACACUUGUUUCGUAUUCGUGUGGGGGCACGAAUCGAACACUAAUGAAAAUUCCAUCAAAAACAAACGAACACUGAAGAACGGUGCAUUCAAAAUAAACGUGAUAUGUGAACAUAAUUGAAAGUAAAUAAUAAUUAAUUGAUAAUUAACAUAAUAAAACAUUAAAAACUAAAUUAAUUAAAUGAAAAAAAUAUAAAUUUAGUAAAAGAAAUGAUAAUUAACGACUAAAUUAUAAAUGCAAGAAAAAAAAAUAUUAUCAUUGUGCAAAUGCUUAAAUUAUAUUUAAUACAAAAAGAAAAGUGUAUGUUAAUACAAUAUAAUAAAUAAAUAACUUAAUAUAGUCUCUCAUCCACUAUA